UCUUCUUCUCUCUCCUCCCACGUUUGUGGAGCUGGGAGCGAGCUCUCGCCCAUCCACCAAUCUCCUCCAAUGCGGUGCUAAUCCGCGAAUCGCCGCGCCAGGCAAGGAGAUCUGGAGCUCCGCUGGGGCAUUUUCACAAUGCGGAGGUAGGGUUCUCCACUCCACGGGGUGUCCUCCCGCCAUGGAGCCAUGGCGCUUCCUCAAGCCCCAAAUGUGGGACGAUCUCUUCACGCCCCAGGCGGCGUGGAUCGAGGAGACAGGCCUGGUGGAUUUCAUCAAGCUCAAGCUCAAGGCCAUGGAUGUGGAGCUCGUCCGCAAGGCGACGCAAGGGUAUGACUCCGAGUCCAAGACGAUCCACGUCCCGGAGCUUGGCAGCAUGGAGCUGAGCGACAAGAGCGUCGGCGAGGCGCUGUGCCUCCCUUACGGCUCCGAUCUGGAAGAGAUCCCCACCGAGUAUAACUCCCAGCUCCAUGGCCCCGAGAUCCAGAAGUACUUCAGCGAGAAAGGCCAUAGCCAGGCCAGUGGCUGGAAGCUGUGCGAGGUGAAAGAGCACGUCAUGCGCGUCUACCUCGAGUUCCUGGUGAAGAGGAUUGGGCUUCGUCUCAACAAUCAAAGGGUGAGUGGAGCCACCGCCUAUCCGGCCUGUGCCACUCGCUCCACCAAGAAGAUCUUCAACUGGGCACAGUUCGUGGUGCUCAAGAUGCACAAGGAGCUCAAGGAAGGCAAGCCGGUCACCACCGCUCACUACUUGAGCAUGGUUCUCCAGCACCACUUCGAUCUUCCAGGGGUGGAUUUGCAGCCGACGAUGCGCUUCGCCACCACUGGCGAGCAGUCGGGAAAGAGGAAGAGAUUGUCGUGGGAGGACAGGUCCAACGAGCGGGAUGGAACUCCGGACGAGGAUUUGAUCGUGGAAACGCUACGUCAGGGUGACGAGCUUCGAGAGGUGGCCAUCAGGCCUUGUUCUUCGUCGUCGUCGCUGCCUUCUUCCAAGUUUGUCUUCGGUGAAUCGUCCGGCGGCUCCAGAGGCGGAGAUCUCACCUUCUGCUCGAUGCAGCAGAAGCAGGUUUUGAGCGCCGUGGACGGGAUCUUGAAGCAGAUGAAGCAGACCGUGAUCCAGCAAAAGGAAGCGCUCAUCUCGUCCCUGUGGCAAGCCCAGCAAGCGGUGGCCCAGCUCGAGACCCCGGAGCGUUCUCUCGACUUCGAUCAGCUCACCGCGAGGUACGCGCAGCUCCAGCAGGACUACCGCUCCGUGUGCCACCAGCGAGACGUGCUGCUCCAGCAAGUCACGGAUCUCCAAGACCAGUUCAGAGCUUCCGACGAGCUCCACUCGCAGAGGCUCGAGGAGGCGAACGAGCGGUUGGCAAAGGCCACACGGAAGCUCACCGAGGCUAAGCAAGCGAAUAGAGCAAAGCACUCGCACUCCACGGCCGAUCUUCACGAGAGCGACUGCAUCAUGGAGUAUGGAUUCAGCCGAUCGGAGCUCGAGAAUGUGGAGCAUAUGAUCAUUGGGCAUCGCUCGAGCUCCCAGGCGAAGCACGCUCGUUUCCCGAUCAGUUGCGAAGACAGCCAUCACGGGCGAGGCAAUGCAAGUGCCGAGGCAGUAAGCAGCUGGUUGUUUGCUACUUCCGCGGCGUCCAAGGGGCAGUUUACCAUAUGAAACCAUGUUUGAGAAGAAGCUAUAUGGUGGUGGUAGUCGCGAGUAAUUAACGACUGGUUGUGCAAAUUAUUGAAGCCAAGCGACAAAAAACUAUCGCGUUCCGAAAGCCAGGCUUUUCGUUGGACUUUUGUACAGAGGAAACUUUCAUGUAUCGUACGUUGGAAUUAAAAAGGUGGUUAGGACCACCACACACUAGACUAACAUUCUUUUUUUUUUAAUCUACUGUAGAAGACAAGAUGGUCCAUCCCGUUUUCUUGUGUAAGGACAAAAAAUAGCAUUUGAGGUCAAUCACAAAUGCUAAUGUUUAAAACCACGUUUUCCUUGUGUAAGGAUAAAAAAAUCUCUCUUGUAGGGCAA